UGCAGACGAGGCUGCAAAUGAUGUUCAGACUCGAUCCCGGUUAAUAUGCAAGAGCGCUCCCGAAACAAGCUCACAGUUGAAACUGUUCUUGCAACCGUUAUUUGAGAACCUGACGUCAGACACAUGGUUAAAAGGAAAACGAUCACUGGUCAUGUAGAAACUUCUAGACGCACGUGAAGAGCUCUCCGAAGCAGCAGAAUGGGUGACAAAUCGCAGGUCGACGAUUUAAAGGCAAAGGGGAACGCCGCCCUCCAGUCGGGGGACUCCAAGAAGGCCGUCGACCUCUACUCUCAGGCAAUCAAGCUCGAUCCAACCAACCAUGUGCUGUACAGCAACCGGUCCGCUGCCUACGCCAAGAUGGGAGAGUACGAAAAGGCACUUAAAGAUGGCUGCAAGACGGUAGAGGUCAAGCCCGACUGGGGGAAGGGUUACUCUCGCAAAGCAGCAGCUCUGUCUUUCUUGAAUCGGUACGCUGAAGCCGAGGUCACUUACAAGGAGGGCCUUGAACAGGAUCCUAAUAACCAACAGCUUAAAGACGGCCUCACAGAAUGCAGGAAGAACCUUACAGGACCAGCCGGCAGCCAGCCCUUGAGCAAUCCCUUUGCUGGGCCCGGAGUGAUCGAGAAGAUACGUGCAGAUCCUAGGACCAGAGACUUCAUGAAGGAUUCGUCUUACAUGGCUUUACUCAAGAGGCUGCAGACAGACCCCAGUGCCCUGAGCAGUUGCCUAAAUGAUCCACGCAUGCUCACCACCUUGAGCGUACUGAUGGGUGUCGAUCUCCAAAUGGCCGGAGAGGACACUCCAUCAGCAGCACGGCAGGCUGGUGCGGAGGCUAAGAAGGCCAGCCAGUCAGCAGCAGCGUCUGCCAGUAAACCAAAGGAGCAGCCGAAGGAGGAGCCAAUGGAGAUAGACCCUGACAAAGCUAAGGCCAUGGAGCUGAAGGAGGCGGGAAAUGCCGCCUACAAAAAGAAGGAUCUGGAUAAAGCCAUUGAGUUGUACACCCAGGCCAUCGACUUGGAUCCAAUCAACAUUUCAUUCCUCACCAACAGGGCAGCCGCUCAUUUCGAGAAGGGAGACUUCGAUUCCUGUCGGGAGGACUGCCUGAAAGCAGUGGACAUCGGCAGAGAGAACAGGGGAGAUUACAAAAUCAUCGCAAAAGCUUACUGUCGUGUUGCAACGUCUUAUGCCAAGGAGCAAAAUUACCAGGAGGCGCUGUCCUACUUUGAUAGAUCUCUGGCCGAACAUCGAACCCCAGACACACUCAAAAAGAAACAAGAGGUCUUAAAAGAGAAGAAAGAGGCAGAAAAAUUAGCCUACAUUGACCCUGAGAAGUCCCUGGAAGAGAAGGAACUGGGAAAUGCGUGCUUCCAAAAAGGAGAGUUUGCCACAGCCGUCACGCAUUACACAGAGGCCAUUAAGCGUAACCCGGACGAUGCCAAGCUGUACAGCAACAGAGCAGCGGCAUAUACCAAGUUAGCUGAGUUUGGGCUUGGCCUGACAGACUGCGAACAGUGCAUCAAGAUGGACCCGACAUUCUUGAAGGGCUACCUGCGAAAAGGUCACAUUUUGUAUGGGAUGAAAAGAUUCAGUGAAGCCAAAACGGCAUUCCAAAAAGCUUCAGAUCUCGACCCAGCCAAUGCUGAGGCAAGGGAGCAGAUCAACAGGUGCAUGGUGGCGAUGAGGUCACAGGCCGACACGGAAGAUCCCGAGGAGAUCAAACGGAGGGCUAUGGCCAAUCCUGAGGUGCAGAAAGUCCUGAGCGACCCAGCCAUGCGAAUCAUCCUGGAACAGAUGCAGAGCAACCCCGGUGCCCUCCAAGAGCAUAUAAAGAAUCCAGAAAUUGCCGCCAAGUUGGAUGUACUGUUGCAGGCUGGCCUUAUCGCAAUUCGUUGACGGAGGCUUAGCGUCCUAUUUGUGUGUGUCCAAGCCAUCGUGUUCUGUACAUGUUAACACCGGCAAACUUAGAUGGUGGGAAGUUCGUAUGACUGGAGAAGAUUUUUUUACCAGCUGCUUGAAAUUUGAGGUUUUGACCAAAGUAUUGCAAACUAUUACUCAAAUUUUAAAUAUCAGAGAUUUGUCAGUUGUUUCCUGUACUGUGUUGAGAAAAACAUAAUGAAAUUUGAAUUGUAUUUCUCUCUGUUCUUUCUUUGUUAUGGUUGUUGGCUUUGGAGUAUGAUGAAAGAGUCCAUCUGUAGUUGCCUGAUGUACGUAACUUUGUGAAUACCAUGCACUUCACUUAACGCUUAUGAUAGGGUCCACACCAACCCGGGUACCUGUGUGGAAAAUUUAGAUUAGGAAUAUGGGUAAGACCUUUUUUUUUUAAAAUUUUCACACAAGUUGAAAGGAACACUUAGAUGAAAGGGAACUUUGAUGCUGUUGAAGAAACUUAGUUGGGGGGGGCCCGGGAAAAUACCUGGCGCAACUGCAAAGGGCAUUAUUGUAUCAAAUUGUUGCCGCAUCCAGAAGUAGUCGAGGAUAAAAUAAACGUUGAUAUCUUGUGUGAAACCAUGACUUGAGUUGAGACAUUGAUUUUUGAAAACAUGAAAGUUAGGUACAAAUUACCUGUGUCCUACUAGAUUUUCAAAAAUAGGCAACUUUCUGAUUUCUCUUUGGUCAGACCAAAAAAAAAAAAGUUUGAAGGAUUGCGCAUACAUGUAUACCAAUUAGAACUUCUCAGUUUAUGGGGAAAUUAAAGAUACAAUUCUUUCAAGAAGCUUGAAAUAUUUCAAGGCUGCUGAUAAAUGUGAUACAUGUACAUGUAACAUGGCAGAAGCGUUCUAGCUCUGGAAAAAAAGAUAGCGAAUGAUUUCAAACAGGAAGAAUCCAAAUGAAAGCUGGCGCAAGUCAUUUUAACUAGCUGCUUGAAGCUGCAAGAAAUGGAAUGAGUCGGAAUUACGCAAAUCAAAAACCAGUGGGAAGGGGCUGUAUUGUCAUCGUUUAGUUUUAAGUAAAACUAGGUUUUCAAGUUUCUUUUGUUCUGUCAAAGUGGAACAGAAUUAUUUCAAAUGAAUUUUUUUUACUCCUAGUGAAAUUCACACAAAGCAUUAUUUUUUUUGUGUCACAAAUGAAGUAACAAACUCAUGCUUUCAAGCAAUGUGGAAGCUCCUUGGCAUAAUAGAGUGUCUGGAAAAUGCCUGGUUGCAGAAAUCAUGCGAUGUACAUUUUCCAGUGACUUGUUGCUUCUUUUUUGUUGUAAAUACAAUAAUGAAUCAAAAUAAAUACCCUUCUGAUUUUUCUCGUAGUUGA